AAUGAUUGCACCAAGAUGACACUACAAAGAUGACACCAGCGCAUAACCAAAUAACACUGUCUUCGUAAAUUAUUCACAAUUCAAAUAUAAGUAUAACCUACAUUUGUCCAUUUUAUUCACGACAUUGGGUUUUAAAGAAUUGAGGAGACUGCGAAGAACACAAGCAAGCCUAUAAAUGUUAGUUAGCCACUGGGAAAAUAAGUCAUUUAAACGUCUAGUUUUGAUUUACAUUAGGUUGAGAUGUAAACUAAUGUGAAUUCAACAAACAUUUCACUAUGUCACUGGAUUUAGGUUAAAGGUUGGGUGAAAAAAAGACGACAUUCCCUUAUGUUGAUUACUUUUUGCAAAUCCAGAUGUAUUUUUGUUGUUUUUGAAAUUACGUGGAAACAACGUUGAUGCAACCAGUUUUUGCCCAGUUGGUAUUUUCAUUGAUUCGUUUUUUUGGGGCGAUGCAGAUACAUUUACCAAAAGGGUAGGCUACUAGCUUUUUUUAAUACAUAUGCUUCACGUGCCACAAUAACAUCAACGAUAUUGCCGCAUUUCCGCGUGGGCUGGAUAUCAAAUAAGACUGAUUUUGUUUCAAGACGAGUGAUGGAUGUCUGGGCCCUGACGACCGUCCGGUACUCAUUACAAACAAGGAGAGUGCAGCCUACCAUCCCAUGCCUUCCCCAACCCAAGGCCCCUAUGAGAGAGGCCUUUAAAGAGGAGGGGAUUUGAUCAAACAAUCCAGCUCUCUAAGGCAGGAUGGAGAGUGGACCAGGACAGGGAGCGGGGUCGGGCUCCAGCCAGGCUGUGGAGGCUGAGCCCCCCACCCAGCGGACGACUUCUCCAAUCGGGAGAGGAAGGAAUGCAGGGCUGGCCUCCUGCAAGCACAACGGUCUGAUCAACACCCGCAGCUUGAUGGUAGAGACUAAGGAAGGGCUGGUGUCGGUGUACUCGGCCCCCCAGUACCAGGGUCACAUGGUGGUCAACCUGUCCCCUCAGCAGGAGCAGAAUGGUCAGGGGGUGGGCGGAGGAGGGGGACCCCCACAGCUGCUCAACCCCAGCACUCUGCCCCAGGGCAUGGACCCCCGCUUCAGGCCCAACCUGAUCCUGUACUCUGAAAACAUGCUGCGGGCCUGGGGGGAUGGAGGAGUCGGGGAUUGCUGUGAGACCACCUUCAUAGAGGACUUUGCAUCCGGCUCCUCUGCUGCCUCCAAGGAUGGGCUGAUGCUUGCCGAUGGAAAGUUCCUGGAACUGUCUGUGGAGGAUGCAAAGAUCCAGACCCUGUCUUAUGACAUUGACGAUGAUGAUGAGUUCCAAGAGCUGGAGAGCGAGUACUCGAGCGACUCGGAGAGUGAGGACAACUUCCUCAUGAUGCCACCGAGAGACCACUUGGGCCUGAGCGUCUUCUCCAUGGUGUGCUGCUUCUGGCCCCUGGGGAUCGCUGCCUUCUACCUGUCCCACGAGACGAACAAGGCCGUGUCUAAGGGGGACUUCCACUUGGCCAGCUCCAGCUCCAGACGUGCCCUCUUCCUGGCUGUGCUGUCAAUCACCAUCGGGACAGGCAUUUAUGUGGGCCUGGCUGUAGCGCUCAUCGCAUACCUCUCCAAGAACCACCACUUGUAGCCUUGCCCUGGCCCCACCCCCUGCACUACAGGACUGAUUGCGCUGGGGAAGUGGUUCACUUGGGGGCAAUUUAACAAUGGAAUUUAGGCCUGCAAACUAUGGGACUAUCAGGAUGGACAGAGCCUGGCCAUAUGGUUGACUCAAUUCAUGGGAUGUAACAUAAGAGGGUUAUGAUAUGGAAAAUAGUCUUGUAAUGGUCAAGUCAUUAUCUCAUUUUGACAAAGACAAACUGCAAACUCUCUUAGUCGUUCUAUACACAACUGAAUAUUUUGUUCUUCAGAUGUCUAAAAUACGUGUGUGAGUUUUACCAAGGCAAGACACAUCCUUUGAGAGGUCAGACCAACAUGCACUAAAUAUUACCUGUACCAAGGGCAUACUGUUCGUUUACGGGGCAUGCUCUCUGCUCGGUUAACAGUGAGUUGUGCAGUGGGCUGCUUUAUGUCCAGCUACAUUUACCACACUAUCAGUCACAUUUGGCAGCUCCUGUCGAGUAUAAAGAGGGUGGAUAAAAGUGCUUUUAAAGCUGUCACUCAUCCAUACAUUCAACCUGUACACAUGUAUUCUACGUCACAUUGAAUUGAUCUGUGGAAGUCGCAUAGUAGACACUGCAGCUCACUUAUAAAGUAAGGUGAUGGUCUAUAUACAUUAAAGUGAAACUGCACUCUAAUACAGUAUCUUGGUAGUCCUAUUAUCUCAAGGGAGAACUGAUGUGUCCUCACGGCACAAUGUUUUUUAACACAUGCCACACACCUGAAAUGUGGAGCUUUGAUGUUACCCUACGACAACAUGCUUUUGUGUUUCGUCAGGGAGAUCAAGUGCACAGGCUUGCAGCUCUCUGACAGAACCUGCUUACACAGAGAUACCUCCAUGUUGAUAGGCACAAAUCACUAAGGAAGAGAAAGCAGACGAGUCUUUGGAGGCAGAAGCCAUGCUGUAAAUACCUCGAUACAUGCCUAACUGCAAUUUUUGUUUUUGCAAUACUAUUUAUUUUCCUGUUGUAUACUACUACUACGUAUGGGUGGCACGUAGCCUAGCGGUUAAGAGCGUUGGGGCGGUAACCAAAAAGGUUGCUGGUUUGAAUCCCCGAGACGACUAGGUGGGAAAAUCUGUCUAUGUGCCCUUGAGCAAGGCACUUCACCCUAAUUGCUCCAGGAUUGCCAUCAAUAAUGGCUGAUCUCUGGCUGUGACCGCACUCUCCGAGGGUGUCUCAGGGGGAGUGAGUUAUGCAAAAAACACAUUUCCAAUUCACACAUUCACACUUGUACAUGUGUGAAGUAGGACAAAUGUAAUUAUUGUUAUGUCAAAACUGUCCAUUCUUGGGGGAAACUCUUUGGACUCAGUGUUUGACAUAAAAGUGCUUGCAAAUUAAAUGUAGUAUUUCCAUGAAAAAAAUGGCUGAUUUCACAGUCUGACUUGGGUUAGUUCAGCUGCAACUUUCUUAAAAUUAUAGUUUUUUUUCUUCAUGCACACAGUAUUACCACAUUAAGUAAUAUGGUCUUGCAGGUUAGGCUAUUUUGUUGCAUAUACUGUACAGUAUAAAAUACGUUUAAAAAAAUAUAUACUAUGUGCAAUGUAGAGGCUUCUAACAAACAAAAAUAUUACUUGAACACACCAAAAGAUUACUGUGUCUUUAUUGAGGUCAAUAUAGACCUACAUUAUGGACCCGUCUCAAGCAUCAGAUUUCCCCACUCACUCCCCUAACUCCCUAUCCUCUCCUCCACUGCACACACACUAUUGCAACUCUAUUACACCCAGCCUUGCACCCAAGAAUGACUAAUCACCUGCACGCACUGUGCCUAUUUCAUGGCAGCAGAAACAUCUCACUGCCUGUCAGAAAUAUUAGCUCGCCAGGCGCCCAGAUGAUUUAUACAUUUUACAUGACAUUGCGGGCGCCUUAAUUGCUCCAACCCCUCUUCUUCUGUCCCUCCUAUAUGAUAUGAGAGUGUGGGAUUGUGAUUGGAGGAUUGGUGAGUGGGACCCUGUGGACACGAUCAGAGGGAGGCCGGGUUUCUCUCUAAUUAAUGAAAACGUAAUUCAGCUCAGAGCGGAUGUUCCUCUGGCGGUAAUUAACGCGUCUCUAUGUGCUUGCCAAGACUUCAAUGUCGGGAGGGCGUCGGUAGUUGUGUAUAGUUGUGUCAUAUCUAUAUGCGACAUGAGAGAGACUCAGUGAUUUAAGGCCUAUUGUACUCAAAACAAAUUGUAUUCGUCACAUGCUUCCAAAACAACAGAUUGUAGACUAACAGUGAAAGGCUUACUUACAUGGCCCGUGCCAACAACGCAGAGAGAAAGACAAUAGAGAAGUAAAAUACGUAACCAUAAAAAUAAUACCAAUAGGCUAUCAGACUCUGGUUGAGUCACAGGGGCUGGAAACCCAGCAGACGCUGGAAACCCAGCAGAGGCAAUACCAACAGCCAUUCUGUAAAUGCAAGGAGGUUUGAGGGUUAAGAAGACACCUACCACCUAACGUUUAUGACUAUAGACUGGAAUGGUUAAGAUACCCUUUUUUUUAGAAGGCAUGGGGAAAUUGGAUUGCAACAAAAACCAUGGAAAUCAAUAGCCUAUUCCAAUAUCGGUAUUGUCUAGACCUCCAACAUGUGUUACGAUACGAUAAAGAAGCAGAUGAGACACUCUUGCAUUUGGCCAUCAAAGUAUUAGACUCAACCCAUACACUGACCUUUAACAUGUAUUGACAGCACUGGAACAAUGAAUUAGAGCUCUCAUUGUUAAACAGAGGGCCCCUUAUCACCAGAAACCUCUUACAAGCAACUCCCAGGCAAAGAGCUGCCAAUAUGGAUAAAGCCUGCUGCUAACAUCUGUGUGCUAAGAGCAGCCCACAGCCCUCUCUAAUAAGGGGUGAAAUGGUGGAGGGUUGGAGAGCGGGGGACUGGGGGAGUGGGCGAAGAUGGGUAAUUAGCUUAACGCCCAGUGGCUUCAACAAUUCUUUGGUUAACUAGCAGGACAUCUGAUUUGAAAAUCAGGGAUGAUGAUAGUGCAGUCGAUUCAUACCUGCAGUGUCGUAUCCUCUAAAACAUGUGAAGGGCAUUGAUUACGGUUGUGUACUGUAAGACUGCACUUUGAGGCAGAGUUGGCAGGGUAAGAUCUAAAAGGAGAUGUGUUUUAAUUCAAAUGUCGAUUAGCACAACACCCCCAUUUGACACUUAACUCUCAAUGUCAAUCAUUGAGUCAAAUCCAGUGUGUUCGGCUCCAGAGAUUUGAUAGGUUAGACGAAAGAUGUACAGUAGCACUAGCUACAAUACAUAUCAUUGCUGGUCUCAACCAGAAACAAAAAGUGAAUGAAAUGAGAUGGUGCUACCAUUCAUCACAUGGUGUGGUUCUUGUGGCGAGGAGGAAUCUAGUCGAUGAAUCACAGCAGCUGUUUUCCUCCCAAGGCCCAUUAAUUGUAAAUUAACAGUGAUUGAGUUUUCUUCCACAGAAACACUUGGCAUGGCUGGGCUCUGUUGAGGAGGAGACACAGAGGGACAGACAGGUUUACAUUAGCUUUUGCAGCAGUUUGACAUUUGUGACUCGUGUUUAUGAAACUAGGUGUAUGUCGCGCGUCACUAUGUCACAGGAGAGCCAUUUGAACAUAAACUUUAAAAAAAAAUCUAAAUUCAUUUUUGGGCAGAAAUGCCUUCUGGAACAUGUGAACUUUCACGUGCCUUAAUAACAAACUUGUAUGCCGUCUGUAAAUACGAAUUGUUGGUUAAGCCACCGAAAAAGACAGGAACCUUUCCGCUAGCCAUGAUUGCCUGAGAUAAAGGCUGAACAUGCAGAGAGAUGAGUUUGUAGCACGCUUCUGUCCAUAACAUGAGCUGGUCAGUAUGUGUAUGUAAUUUCCCUUCUAAUGCUGCUUUUUUGAAAGAUAUCACUUAGUAGAACUGCAAAAGUGUUGCUCUCCACUUUCUGGAGGACCGAGUUUUGAAAUCAGUGGAAUGCCUUGUGGAAUUAAGAGUAUGAUAGCUAAGGAGAUGGAGAAAAUUCUGGCGUUUAAUUGCAAAAAUGCAGAGGGAGUCGAAAAAGAACACAGAAGGCUGUUGUAAAAAACACUUGUCUCCGGAUUACAUCUUCAAACUAAGGGCAGACAGCGAGGGAGAAGCGUCCACCCAUGUAUACGGGUAAGAUAGUCUAGCUAGCUACAUUUUCAGAUAUUAUACAUUCCUAAUUUUGUCAGAAAGUCGUUAUCAUUUAAAGUUCAAACGUACUGUUAGCUAGCUAGCUAAUGUUAGCUUGCUGGCUUGCUAGCUAACGUUACAUUACGUGUAUGAUCUGUGUAGUAAUAUUAUUUGUUUCUCAGAGCCAUUUACAUUGCUAGUUAUAGCCUAAUGUUAGCUUAGCUAGCUAACAUUGAACCUGGUUGGUUAGCUACCUGCAGAUUCAUGCAGGGUAGUAAUGUUAUGAGUUGGGACUACGGUUCAUUGUUUAGCUAGCUAACUACAUUUCUAAACAAAAGACUCCACUAUGCAAGUAACCAUUUCACUACGUCUGUAUCCUGUGCAUGUGACAAAUAAAGUUUAUCAAAUGAAA